UAGUAACAUCUUUGCUGUGUUGCAAGUCAGUGAUAGUUUGUAAGGUAAACAUAUGAAAGGCGAUGCGGCGACAGUUAAUUUAUUUAUCAUCAUUGUUUUUGUAAGCGUUGACACACGAUUGCAGAGUGCAAGCAAAUUCCUCAAAUUGAAGCGCUUGUCACGUGUGGUGUAUUGUCUAGUAAGUGAAGACGUUUGACUCAGAAAUUUAGGUUAUGUGCUUUAUAAAUGUGUUGGGAUCUGUGCAAUUAUACAACAGAAAAUAAAUUUCAGUGCCGUUAAGGUACAGGUACUUAGAAUGAAGUGAUAUAUAGUUAGCGUCGUGUUGUGGAAAAAAAAAGGGUACUGAGUACAAGGAUGCGGUUCCAGUUUGGUACGAAAUGUGUAGACGGAGAUAAGAAAGCGAAGUGUCUUUUAGCGAUAAAAGUUCGUGUUUUGCAGUGGAUGUUGUGACAAAUAUUGUUUUGGUGUACACAUCUUGGAGGAAUGAUAAUGGAGGCAGAUCACAAGGAGCAAAGCACCGCGUCGAAGCAGAAGAUGGACACCGCAGAUAACGCAGAAACACACCGGAAAUCUUGGCAGUCAAAAUAUCAAAGCAUCUGCCAAGAAUAUUCCAGCAGAGUAGAGGAAAUAAAAAAAUCACGAAGUCCUGAUGCUGAUUCUCAUCAACCAAAGAAUAAAAAUCCUCUUAUUGGACUUCUUUCUGAAUACAACUCGGAUUCUGAAUCUGAAGAAGCUGAAAAUACUGCAUCACAUAAUAAUGCACCACCAACACCAUCAGCACCUAAAAAGCAGCUUACUGAUGAACUAUCGUAUUUUCUGCAGGAAAUACAGACACUGUCAUCUGAAGACAAGACUUCUGAGACGCCUACAGUGCCUGCUCCAGCUGAGAACAUGAGUUCUGCUGUCGCUCGAGUAGAUGAAAUGCAUCCUGCUGCUCCUGGUGAAAUGCAACAUUUUGAGGAGCAGUUGUCUUACAUGGAGGUUCCAAUGACAUCAUGGCAGGAAUGUUAUGAUGAAAAUUCUGGCUAUGUCUACUACUGGAAUGUUGAAACAAAUGAAGUUAGUUGGGAGAUGCCCGCAGCAUACCAAUACUAUUUUCUCCAACAUCAGCAUUGGAUGCAACAAACUCAGAUGCCAAUGAUGCUUCCCGAGUAUGGUGUUCUUCCUAACAUGCAAACCCCAGCUGUUAUUGAAGCACCAGCUGUGUUAAAAAGGCCUAUAAAUCAAAAAAAAAUUAUCUCCAUAGAACAGCACAAGAAAAACUUAAAGAAAAGAAAGAAGAAGAAACAUGCAAAGUCCAAACCAGAUGACUCAGAUGAAGAGAAGAUUGAAAUGAUUACUUCAUAUGGGCCCCCAAGUGAAGAUGAAUCUGAUGAAAGCAUGCCAGAGAAGAAGAAAAAGAAGAGGCAUCAUCAGGCAGGUGUUUCAGCUGUACAUUGCCCAGUCUUCCCCCAAACAACAUUGGGUCCACAGCCACUGGUAAAGCCACAAAAAUUGCCCACUAAGGAGGCUCAGUUCAGCAAGCAACACCCUCAGUCUAUUUCAGCUUGUAUAGCUGCUUUACAGCACAAAGAAGAUAUUCCCCCUGAAGGUGAUGGAGUCCAACCAGUUGAAGGAGGAGCUGACACAGAAUCACAAGGAGCUGUGACAGAUCAUAAGAAAUCACCAACUUCAAAAAUUGAAGGUGAAGAAAAGGCAAGCCCAAGGUUAAACAGCAUACCCACUACAUCUGUCAAUUCAGAGGAGAGAGAGCCAGCUGAAGGCAAUCCUGAACAGCUGUCUUCUUCUCAUGUUGAAACAGAAUUAAGUGGUGCAAGUGUAUGUACAGAUCCAUCCAGUUUACAAAACAAAACAGAUGUCUCAGAAAGUUUAGCAGGUGAAAUUUCUGCUGCAGAAAAUUUUUCUGCUGAUGAUGUGAAUGCAAAAGCAAAUGUAGACAAUGAAGAUAAAACAAUUACAGAAAAUCAAACAGAACAGUCAACUAAUAGAAAAGAUGAAUUGGAAACUGAUGAUGCAGAGAAUAAUUCCACAAAGGAAAAUGUUGAGAAAACAGGAUCUUUCGCUUUGAUAGCGGGCUAUGGAGAUGAUUCAGAUAUAGAAGAAGAGAAAAAAGAGAUCUUGUCCAGGAAAAAUGUAACAAAUGAAAGGAAGCAAGAGGUGAAGCCAACAAUAGAAUCUCAUAAAUCACCUGUUGCAAUGAUUCACAUUUCUAGUACCACUACACAUUCUUCAACAACAGACACACUGUCUGAAACUGACUCAACAGAUCAGAAAAGUAAAGUGCCUUUUUUGAAACCAUUUGUUCCUAGUGCCACCGUUUCAGAAAAUGAUCCGAAUGUAACAUCAGAUGUAGCUGCUGCUGUAACAGAAAUGGCAGUCACAACAGCUGCAUCCUAUAGGUCAAGUCUAGAUAAUAGUGGACGCAGGGGCCUUGGUUUUGAGCCAAGAGAAUCAGAUAAUCAUGAGAACUAUGAGUUGGAUUCACCUGUACAGUUAUGUGCUGCAGUUGCUGUGCAGAAUGCCUUCCAGAACCAUGGAAAUAUGAUAAAUUUUGUCAAAGCAGAAACCUUGGUUCCAUCUACUCACACUCAGGACUUAGAAAACAACAAAGAGGAGGAGGCAGGGAAGACACCCACAGUGCAAGAAGAAAAAGAAGGUAAUGGAAUUACUGGACAGAUAGCAGACAUGUCAGGGGUAAUAAUAGAAAAAGUAACAUUUUUAGCAGAAGGAAAAGAAGCUGUGUCUGCUGUUCAAACAAUUGGCAUUCAAGUGCAGACACUAUUAACAGCCUGGGAACAUGGAAGCCUGUGUGAGAAUUACUUCUCACAGUGGUUAGCUGACACCAUGGAAGAACUGUCUAGGCUCGAGCAAGAUGCAGCCCCUGAUGGUUGGCAGUGUUUGUGGUCAAGGGGAUGGAAGAGAUAUUAUUAUUACAAUUCUGAGACUGGUGAAGUUCAGUGGGAAUAUCCUUAUUUGGGUGAUAGUGGCGCAGUGGAAGACGAUUCAAUGGACGCCAGUGAGGAACUUGUGGAGCAGCCUGGUUUACCAUGUUCAACUCAAGAAAAUAAAAAUAAUAAACGACCAGACUCUUCUCAUAAAGGAUGUGAUCAGAAGAAGAAGCAACUCUCUCAGCGUGCAUCUGUGUCCAAACAAAUAUAUGAACACCAUAAAGAUGGCAUUUCAGAUGACGGUGAUAAGUUGUCAGAUUCUGCUCCACUCCAUGUUUCACAUACCCAAGCACCACUUCCUGCAGAGAAUUCAUCCACUGCUGUGCAGUCAUCAGUACCUGAUCAUGGAACAGAUGUGAUGAAAGGAGAUGGUAGGGUUCAGCCUUUACCACCUGGAGUUGAUCAUCCAGAGCUCCCAUAUAUUAUUGCUGGUCCCCCUCCCCCUCCUCCUCCCCCUCCCCCACCUCCUCCUCCACCACCACCACCACCUACUUCUCCUCCUCCUCCACCAUCACCACCACCCCCACCCCCACCACCACCACCACCCCCAGCAUCACCACCACCCCCAGCAUCUGCACCACCACCAUUGCCACCGACACCUCCCCCUCCUUCUAUUUCAUCGCCUCCACCACCACCACCUCCUCCUCCUCCACCACCAUGUAUAUCUGUUUCUACUUCUUAUGUACAGUCUGCCCAUAUCAUGCCAGGUUAUGAUCCCACAACUGAAGAUUAUACAGACAUUGAUGGUGAAGAGAUGAUUGAAGAUGAUGAAUCACGCAGUAGCUCAACUGUACUAUCACAUGCUGAACUGUAUGCAGAUGAUAGUGCUUAUAUGCAUGGUGGUGGUCUUCCUCUCAUAUGCCCUUUAAAUGCUGUUGUUGAAUAUGGACCAAUGCCAUAUGUAGCAGAUCCUGUAGUUCCAGCAGCACAUGUCAUUGAGAAACCACCAGAAAAGACUUCUCUACAUGCAGAAAUUGAUUCAUUCUAUUCAGACCUGGCAUCUCUUGAACAAACAGCAGUUACAGCAUCGUCUGAAAAACACCAAAUGGGUGAGCAUACAGGUGCAGCCAGUGAGACUGAAAAGGAAUCAAUGAUAGCCCCUGCCACAAUAGAACCAACUUCUAGUGCUAAUAGCAAUGUUGGUGCUCUUACUGGUAGCACAGCACAUCAAAAAGUAUCUGCCCAUGUUGAAGGAAAAACUUCAGAGGCACCUAUAGGAGAAGUACGAAAGAAGAAAAAGCCAAAAUUAGCACCAGGAUUGUCACUAAAGAAGAAAGAUGUGUCGUCGCUCGUGGCUAAAUGGCAGAAACUUCAGGAGGAAGUUAGAAGAGACUAUAAAAAGCUUGGUGAUGAACUCAAAGAUAAAUAGCAGAUGUUCUGUGCCUAAUUUUGUCAUGGACUACUAAAAUGUUAAGCAGGGAGCAUUUAUAACAAAAUUGGCAAAUAACUGAAUUGUUAUAUAUUGUUACAAACUGUGCCAAUUUGCUUAAAUAUCAAACUGUUUUCAUUUGAUGUGAAAAUUUUCUGAGACAAUUUGAUACCCAAGUAAAUUUAUUUUUAAAAAAUAAUAUACUGUGAUAUUUUACUUGUCUGUUAGUUACUCAGGUUGUAUUAUUGACUGUACCAUACAGCAUUUUCUUAAGAUUUAUUUGUUACUUUAUUAUAAUAAAAUCAAGAAGGAUAAUUAUAAAUGAGUGUUUGAAUGAAGCUAUGCAGUGUUUGACAAAAUAAUGAGUAGAUGGUAUUGUCGUCAGAAAGGUGCUGCACAUGCCCAGAUUUUAUCAGCAUACUGUGUAAUUAUGUGCCCAUAUGUCACCACCAAGUGAGAUAUCCUACAGAUAAUGAACCUUCAGUACAAGAUUUCUCCUGAUUUCAUGAACAAUUACUAAGUUGUACUUUGUUGUCGUUUUUCUUUAUUUGAAAAUAAUGUCUUACAUGGCAGUUCAAAGAUUUUUUUAAAAGAAAGUAGAUUCAUGCUUUGGAAAAUUUCACACUUAGCCAUUCAUUCUUCUUUAAUGUAGGGUACACUUUUGCAGUUCUCUCAUAUUUUUUAACCAGUCUGUAAAUACAAAAUGUAUUGUGGGUUGUACUGACAGGCCUUCUGAACACCCACCUAGCAGUGUCUUAUAGUGGUUAAGGAUCUAGACUCGAAGUUUAUGAGAAGUGACAUUAAAAUGUCAUCUGGGCAGUCAGAUUUAGGUAUUCUGUGAUUUUCAUAAAUCGCUUCAGGUGAGCACUGUGAUGUUUCCUUUGAAAAGUAUAUUGUAAUUAUCCAUUCCCAUCCUUGUGCUCUCCACCUGCUCUUAUUCUUUAUGUAGGCUUUUAAUCCAUCUCUAAUAAACUUAUUGCAGAUGGGAGGUUAAAUAAUCCCAGACUUUCUUGAUUACCGUUGAUCUAGUAUGCCAUUUUUCAGCUGUAGAUGUACUCCUCAGAUGGUAUUAUACUUACUGCUUCAGUGCUGGUGUAAAACACUGUAUGACAGCAUUAUGUUUUCUUAUCAGGCAAUUCAUCUCUAACAGUCAAAUAGAACACAUUCUAUGACAUAGGAAUUCAUCCACAGAAAUGUUAACUGCAAAUUAAAGUAGCACAGACUACUUUUAUUUAAUAACAGUGGGUAUUUCAAGAGACUCUGAACAGCAAAAGUAAUGCCCAUUUUUGUUAAACUUUUUCUCUAAUUCUUCACAAGUCUCUGCAUAGUUUUCAUCUCCAUUCAUUGAAUAAUGAGACAAAAAUAUCUAUAGAUUUCGUCACAAAUUCCACAUUUUACAUACUUAGUCUUGAUAGAAAAUCAAUUAUGUAAUUAAUAAAUCCUGUGAUGAACUAUAUCUUCUUUAUGGUAAGAAUUUGACAUGUAACUUGACUUCAUGUGAUCGAGGCAAAGAUAGGAAUUGGGGAAGGGGGAUGGGAGGGGGGAAUUCUUCAUUUGCGCAACAGUAGUAGUAUUUUACAAGGUGUAAUAGGUCUCGUUUCCUUUAUCUUGUAGAGAUUACCAUUGUAUUCCAUGGGAGUUUUCCAAAUUAAUAAUUCCUUUAUUCAGUUUUCUUUGGGCUACAAUUGAUGCGUUAUGAAAAUUCAGAGUGUAAAAAUGGUUCAAAUGGCUCCGAGCACUAUGGGACUUAACAUCUAUGGUCAUUAGUCCCCUAGAACUUAGAACUACUUAAACCUAACUAACCUAAGGACAUCACACAACACCCAGUCAUCACGAGGCAGAGAAAAUCCCUAACCCCGCCGGGAAUCGAACCCAGACGCGGGAAGCGAGAACGCUACCACACGACCACGAGCUGCGGACAGAGUGUAAAAAUGAUUUGACAACAGGAGACUGGCAACAGUUCACAUAUAAUACAUAUUCUGGUACACCUUUAUUGAUAUUUUAUUGGUGUUUAAUUAGUGUUGUAUAUAAUGCAUACUAUAACAGUCACAAUAUCCACAUUUAGUUCUGUCUUGCCCACAUCCUGUUCAAUCCCCAUGAUAGAACUCUCAUAUUUUGUUAUGUGCUCCAGAGCACCAUUACAGAACUCUUUUUGAUACAAUGACACACUUCUGUUUGAUUAAAAAAAUGUUUCUAGAAGUACAGUGUUGUCAGUGCAAAAAUUAUGUUAUACAACAUUGUGUUGUAAAUGUAUUCAUGUACAGUCAUGAACUUCAAGCCCUCUCAAGCAAUAUUUGUCAUACAAUAUAAUAUUGAUUCCAGAAAGGGCAGUUUUCUAUAAUAUUCUUAUAUAGAUACUGAUUAUGGUUUUUAUGCCAUAACAGCGAUACUUUUUGUGGCCAAAAGUUUCAUUCAAGCUAUAGAAACUCUAUACCUAUUUUCAUUUAUGGAUUUCGUGCUUCCUGUUCCGUGACCUUUUUUAGUAUUGUUGUCUCAUAAAUGGCACUGAUAGCCAGGAGUCCCCACAUGGAGAAGUUCAGCCGCCGAGUUGCAAAUUGUUUCAGUUGAUGCCACAUUGGACGACUUGCAUGUUGAUGAUGAUGAAAUGAUGAUAAGUAUGAGCCAACAUCCAUUCCCCGAAUGGAGAAAAUCACCGACCUGACCAGAAAUCCAACCUUUGCCUGCUGCGUGGCAGUCAGAUGUGCAGACCACUCAGCUAAGGAGGUGGAUAUUGUAUCAUAAACAUUAUUUGUAUGCUGUUGUGAUUACUGUGAUUUAUUUAUUUAUUUAUUUAUUUUAAUUGUGUAGCUAAGCAUUUUUCCCAUCUGUUUUGCUUAAUUUUGCUUAAUCUCGACAAGGAAGUUCUGAAGUCUGUGUACUCAUACUGUUUUCAAAACUUUAUGCCAUUAUCAUUCUUUCUAACUAAAAUUAAUUGGCAUUUGAAUGUCAAGGAUUUAUCAUCAAUGAAUAGCUGCGGCUUUCAUUUUACUUACUAUAUGUAGCUUUUGCAAUUUGUGUUCACUAUAUUCUGAGGAUUUUUCUUUGUUUUAAUAAACCAGUAACUCAGGAUUAAUUUACAGAUGUAAUGUUAUCUGUAGAAGGAAUAUAGUAUUGUUAUCAGUGAACUUGUGCUCAGUGUACUAGUCACUACUUUUCCUUCAGAUGUCUGCUUGGUUGUCAGCACUCUGUUCCAAACCUCUCACAUAGAUAUGACUUGAAAGUACAGAUGAUCAAACACAAGAUUCUUUGUGUGUCAGACAGUGAUGCUGAUGUGGCUGCAGGUGAGGGCUUAAAAUUGCCUACCUUGGAAUAGUGAAAGAUGAUGAUAAUGUCAUUUUGUGGGUGUAUAAUUCUGUACUUCAGAGGGAUAGCCAGAGCAACCUCACAUUUUAUUUGUUGUUAUCAGUGCUUCUAGGUACAUAAUUUGUGAAGGCUACUGAAGACUCUCUGAAAUCCUAUUUUUGCUUGCAAUUGCACACACUGUUCAUUUAAUUACAGAUUGUGGGCACUAGUGUUUGUGUUGAUUGGUAAUCUGUGUUGCUGAUUGUGUUUAUGGGUCGAGUUUUACAUAAAACAAAAGUGAUGUAAGCCAUAUAAAUAGCACCAAUUGUGAAGAUGUGGCUGUGUCACACAGUUUUUACAUUUCUCAUGAUUUAGAAGAUUUAUGUUAUGAUUUUAAGAAGUAUUAUCAAAGGCUGCCAGUUGUCUUUGUAUUUAAAAUAUGCUCCUGUGUUUGUGCACUCAAUAUACUGCACACUGCAGAGUUGUUAUUCCUGUCCCUCUACUAAUAUUACGUAACUAUUCAUAUCUUCUGUGGGAGAAAAUACAGGUUACUUUUAGGCAUAUUCACUGUCAAUUCGUUUCCACAAAAUCAUUUAUGUGCUAGACAUUUGAUGUCUUCAUUUUGUUAAAACCAAUUAGGGCUUCUUUCUGAGUCUGCAUUUAGUGAAAGUUGCUGCCACACUAGUGUGUAAAAAAUUUCAUCUCACUUGUAUAUUUGUUCAUUGUGAACUGCUUCCAUUAUCAUUUUAUUCAUGCAGGUACCACAUCAGUGAUAACUGGGUUUAAAACUGCGAUUGCUUCAAUAACCACCUCCACUUUCAUUAGUGUAGUCUUAAUCUCCACAAUUGUUUUCAGAUUGGUAUCAUUUAAUUUCCAGGUGGUAUGCCUGACAUAUUGCAUCACAGCUGUUACUGUGACUCACAUUAUAUACUAAUAAAGACAGUCUGAAAAUGAAACAGUGCCAUUAUGUAAGUGAAAAUGGGUAUAAGGAAGAUACCAAAGAUGUUAAGAGGUGGUUAUGGAAACAACCUCAAUUUUAAAGCUAUUUUCAUGUAUUACAUGUGCGGUUUUUCUGUUUUCAUCAAAGAACAGGUGCGUGUAACUGUGUUUUAGGGAGACAGAUUGGUGUAAGAGCUCACAUCGGCCAAAUUUACAAUAAUGUUUACAUACAUUAGUGGGGCACAGUGACCUAAAUACCUCUUAGGUAUGAAACUUUCUGGCAGAUUAAAACUGUGUGCCAGACCGAAACUCAAACUCGAGACCUUUGCCUUUUGCGGAUAGUGCUCUACCAACUGUGCUACCCGAGCACGACUCACGCCCUGUCCUCACAGCUUCACUUCUGCCAGCAUCUCGUCUCCUACCUUCCAAACUUCACAGAAGCUCUUCUGCAAACCUUGCAGAACUAGCACUCCUGGAAGGAAGAAUACUGUGGAGACAUGGAUGUGCCACAGCCUGGGGGAUGUUCCCAGAAUGAAAUUUUCACUCUCCAGUGGAGUGUACACUGAUAUGAAACUUCCUGGCAGAUUACAACUGUGUGCCAGACCGAGACUCGAACUCGGGACCUUUGCCGAUGAAAGGCAGUAGAUAGACCUGCACAAAAGAAAUUCCUUGAUUUGCAUUUUUGGAUAUGUGGUUAUUCAGCUUCCUAAUAUGCUUUUUGAUAAGUAACAUGUUUAUCUACAAAAUAAUUGUUAAUUGUUGAACCUAUCUAAACUAUAAUUUAUCAAUCCACAUAAUUAUCUAUGUGGCCUGUGGUCUUCUUCUGGAAUACACUGUUUAGAGAUUGUAUAAAGGGCACAGAGAACCUACUUAAUCAUAUAAAUAGGAAAAAUACAUUCAGAAAUUUAUUACAUCUGAAAAGAGAGAAUAUAGGCUGGCCUGCACUUAACUUCAGGAAAUGUAACUCACUCUAUAAUCAGUAGACACAUUUGAAAAUAAGUAAGCACUAAUCCCGGCUUUCUGAAAAACAAGUUCGUUUUUUAGAUCAGAAUAGAGGAGAUAGUUUGGGGAGGUUGGCGAGAGGAUCAACACACUCAGAACCCUGGGUAGCAGAAAACCACCUUACCUUUGGAGGGAAGAAGGGAAAGAUGUAAUAUUGCAUUUUCAGAGAAGGGUUACAGCUACAAUUUGUGCAGUGAUUGAAGUUGCAUACCUAAAGCUCCUACAUUGUGUAAUCUGUAGCAAUACAGUUUCACUGUAAAAAAAAUUAUUUACUAUACCUGAGUAAACUAGUAGCAACAGUGGCAGCAUAAUAUUGCAAUUCCUAUAAUUUAUCAGAUACUUUUUUAUUGAAGCAUUCAAAAUUGCAAAACUUUCAAUGAUUAUUAAUGAUUUCGCUAUCAUAGCUACAUCCAGUUCACAGUGUGUAAUAAAAACAAUGCUACGGUAUUAGUACUGAAUGGUAACAAACUUUCUGAUAUGUUACAUUGCGCAAUGUAUGGACAUAUUUUAAUGAUGUGAUGGGAAGCAACUUUGAAAAUCAUUUUGUAUCGGUAUAUUACAAUUGAAGUCCAUUUUCCUCUCCAAAGUCAGAUUUUUCUUUGUUGUUUCAGUAUUCAGUUACAUAAGAAAGAACAUUACUGUAACUAACUAUGAUGUUAUAUUACAAUUGAAGUCCAUUUUCUUCUCCAGAGUCAGAUUUUUCUCUGUUCUUUCAGUAUUCAGCUACAUCAGAACAUUGCUGUAACUAACUAUGAUAUUUUUAAAUAAAUCAACUUCCUGGGAAAUUUGUGAAACAUGUCAGAGAUGAUGCAGUAAAUUUAAUUGUAUCUUUUCUUUCUCAAUUAGAUAACAGUCAAAUUUGAUAUUGAUUAGUAUGAAACCUGAAGUUUAUUUUAAUGUAUUUAUAGUUUUUUCUGUUAAUUAAAAAUUAUAUCUUACAUAAAUUUCUAUUAUGUUGUAGUAGUAAUGUGACUAAAAUUUUUUAAAAAGGAAGAAAUUCUCACAUGGUGACAUUGGUGCAACAUCCACAGAUUGUUCAUGAAAUUAUACCAAGUGUUGCAGAAUUUGGCAAGUUCAUAUUAAAUAUGAAAUUAAAAUCCAGAAUUUUUUAAAUUUCAGUUCAAUUUUGCUUUGCUGUGGCAUUAAAAAACUACCAUACACUUUCUGUCAUAACAAUUGCUAGUCAUUUUGUACCAUAACUUAACCUGUUUUAGCACACUGCAUUUGCUUCCAGAAACAAACCUUUUUUUUUUUUCAGUGUGGAUGUCAAUAUGUUUUGUACGCAAUUCAGUGUUACUCACUUUGUUAUUUAUACAUUAUAAUGGAGCAAAAAAACUUGUUCUACAAGUGUUAUUAGCUUCUGUGUGAUCUCAUAACUUCUGCUACGUAUGGAUAAUGCAAAAUAAUAAUGUCUUAUGAUUUUUCUGUAUAUUUUCUAAUGUGAAAGUCUCAGCACUUACUCUGGUACUUGGGCUCAUAUAAGAAAGUAAGUACCAUUUGUGAACCCAACAUUCAUGUUCAAGUUUUUCUGCGGACACACUAUUUUUGUAACAUUUUAAAUUUUUGUACCAUUGUAUAUACAAGUACUUCAAAGAACACAGUGCCUGAAUAGUUGUAACUAGUUCAUCCUGUUUAUUAGAUAUAUUUUGUACUAAAACAUUUUUUACAGAUUCUAAAAAAUAAGAAAUUGUUAUUAAAGCGUAAUUUAUUCAA